UUAUAACAAUGCAUGAAGACUUUUUUUUAUUAUUGUGUCUAUGCUUAAAAUGUCUUUUACGAAUUCGUAGUGAUGGUGGCUGGCUUCCUUGCAAACAUAGCGUCAUAAAUUACGUCUAAUUUGUAAUACUUCUAAACUUUUCGAUCGGUUGACGAUCUCUACAAUAGUGAAAUAAGUGCUUAAGAAGUUUCACAACAAACAGCAAUGAGUUCAAGCGUGUGCUAUAAGUGCAACAGGACGGGCCAUUUCGCCCGCGAAUGCACGCAGGGCGGCGUCGGCGCCCGCGACUCAGGGUUCAACCGUCAGCGCGAGAAGUGCUUCAAGUGCAACCGCACAGGGCACUUUGCGCGUGACUGCAAGGAAGAAGCCGACCGUUGCUACAGAUGUAACGGCACGGGGCACAUAGCGCGCGAGUGCGCGCAGAGCCCCGACGAGCCGUCGUGCUACACCUGUAACAAGACUGGGCACAUUGCACGAAAUUGCCCGGAGGGCGGGCGCGACAACUCCAACCAAACGUGCUACAACUGCAACAAGGCCGGCCACAUCUCACGCAACUGCCCCGACGGCACUAAGACGUGCUACGUGUGCGGGAAGCCCGGCCACAUCUCGCGCGACUGCGACGAGUCCGAACGGAACUAACACACGCCUCGCCCCUAACACACAUUAUAUAAAUAAACUAUGUAUAUUAUGAUGCCACGCACGGACUAUAAGCAAAGGACGCGAUAUGCGACAUUAGAUCGUAAGACCACAGAUUGUAUGAAAUUAAUGCAACGGAAUUAUAAGACAGUGUAGAUGCAGCGACGGUAUUCUCGUGAGAGACUGAGGAGUAUGAUUUUUAAAAUGUUGACUUGUAUAUAGGUCUCCCGCCGCGCGGGCAGCGCUCGCCGAUAGGUUAAUGUUUGUUCUUGCACGUGAACGAGUUGUGUUUUUAAAUCAUUUAAUAAUCGUGAUUGAACUAUUGAUGAGGUAGCGUUACAGUUUUUAGCAUUACAGAGUAUAUAUUUAAUAUAUUUUGUACAGAUUUAUUUGUCAAAAGAUAAAUUGGAUGCUGGCGUAUGAUGAGUUUUCAAUGAAGAGAGUUGGAGGCCCCGGUGCACCUGAACCCCUACCGGACUCUCUUGUUCGUCUUGUUAUCGAUUAGUAACAGUAGAUGUCGCUCUUACCGAUCGUUCUGCGGUCCGACGAGUCUCAAACUAUAUCCUGACACUAUUGUGAUAAUUUGAUUUUUAUUUUCUAUCAAUUCCUUUGUUUAUGAGGUCCUGCUGUCUUGUGGAGAAUUCAGUGUUUAAUUAGAAUUUCAUCAAUCA